AUGCUCGGGGUGGAGGAGUCGAAGGCGCUGCUCUCCCUGCUGGGCGCCGACCAGCGGCCUCUGAGCGAGGUGUCGGCAGAUUUCAGCUCUCAGUUCCCCCGGGAUGUCCGCUUCAGGGCGUGCUGUUCUCUCGCGCUCCUUCUCGAGGUUGGCACGAAUCUCCGGCUUCCUUCGUUAGGAGCUCUUCUGUGUCCUCAUGUUUGGGGAGUAUUGCUUUCGACUGUUGUUUUCUACCCGGCGAUGGUUGUUUUGUCUUCUAGGGUUUUACGUUCCCACAUUUCUUCGAGUAUCUUUUUGUUUAGAUCUGAGGUGAAUAGGUUCCUGCGCCUAACGGGAUGGGCGAUGACUUUGGCCUUGAAAUGAUACAUUCUGUAGUCUGUUUCUUUAAAAUUGACUGCUGAGUGGUAAUGCUGUUUCAUUUGAAGCCCGUGAAGUCAUCAUUCAUCAACACGGAACAUAUAUUCGGUUGAAGAGAGUUACCUACCCCCUCAAUCAUGGAACUAGAAUUAUUAACUGGUGCAAAAGCAGGAGAAUUAAUAAUUCGCCUUACCUCCUUAAAAAACCUGUUCUAAACAUAUUUCUCCGACCAUCUUUCGUCUAUUUCAAACUAUCAAAACUGUUUCGUCGCGCUUCCUCUCUUACUGGUUGGCCAACCCUUCAUUGACUGUCGAUAUUUCUUACAUGAAAUUGGAUCUUAAUGAAUUUUCUUUUGAUAGCUAUUUAUUUCGCGUAAGUCACUCGAAUGACGGCUGAAACUGUCACGUUACACGAGUCUGGCAGGACUGAGUCGUGAUCAUCGGGUUCAACUAGUAUCUUAUGGCUACAUCUGUAGAUAUUCCCUAUUGACGUCUUGUUUCUGUUUUUAAAACCAAAGAAUGUGCAGCCAAAUCAUGGUAACAUGGAGAAUCAUAUUACGAGAAGAAGAAUGGAAAACUGAAGAACGCUAGAGAGGGAGAGGAUGAAAAAAAACAGACGAAUCAACGGCCUUGGUUAACGAUCAAAUAUUUUUUAUUGAAACAUGUUGAAUCAUCGUCUUUCAGGCUCAUAUUUUUCUUUAUUUUUGUUAUCUCCUGUCAAUUUCACGAGAAAAACAAUUAUUCUGUUAAACUAUGAAGACUUGAAAUGCCUGUGGGACGAAAUAAAAUUAUAAGAGAACACUUGUCAGCCUAUGAAAAAAAGGUUUUUCUUGAACAAGAAAUUUACUCUGAUAUAAAUCUGCUGUCUGAAAGGAGUUCAAGUGCUGGGGUUGGUGACAAUUUCUGAAUUUUUUGGUAGACCUUUUAAUAGCCUUUGAGGAAAACUUUGAUAUGAUCAACUUUAUGAAAUGAAACCUGGCACGCUUAUUUCCGAUUUACAUUUUAAAGUUUAAAAUUAUUUUAUGAGUGGUGCUUUGUGUGGCUUGUGUACUGAUUGGUAGUAUUGAAAAUAUAACAUUAUUGGCUAUUUGUGAUUUAUGGAUUCUUGUUGUUUUGAUUGAAAAUAUAAUAUUAUUAGCUAGGAAAUGACACUUUGAUCGUGUAGUUUUCUUAGAGCAGUUGAAAUAUCGAAGUCAGAGGAAGUACGAAGAUAUCUUCACGUGAAGCCUUCUUGCAUCUCAUCUGAUGUUUGACAGUGGCUAUUUUAUUACUCUAAUCAUUUUUUGAUGGAUGGCCCAGUAAAAGGUUAUAUGCAUGUAUGUGCGCAAGAUGGUGUACAUGGGGAAGGAUCUGGCUGGGACAACGGGUUUUAAGAUUAGGAAAACACUGGGCUACUUAGGUUCCCAAAGAAUGAAUAUAGAAUGAUGGGCUGUUUUUAAGGCUCCCGACACUACUUACUUUCUUUUUAUGCUUCAUCUAACUACAGAUGAUCCGUAAAUAAUAUUCGUUGACGUUGAAAUUUUUGUUGAAUGGCAAGUAAUAGACCAUAUUUUUUUACUUUUGCUGAACCCAGCUGCUGUUUGGUGUUUUUUCCUCCGAUUAAUUUCAGAUGACUACUAUGAUGUUAUGUAUUGGUCAUAAUUUUCAUUUAUGCUUGUUGAUGAUUGGAUGUUGUUAUGCAACGGUUAGUCUGUAACUGCAUUUAAUAUGUGCUCUCUUUCUCCAGUGUGAUUUUAUUUUAUUUCUUCACAUUCCUUUGCUGGUGGUGCAACUUGGUCUCAUGUCAAUUAAUUGGAAAAUUGUGUUCAGGAUAAGAAGAUGCUCAAGCCCAGUCAGCGUUUGGUUGCGUUUGCUAUUUUGCAUCAGGCUUAUGUAUCUCAACCGCCAUUUUCAAGUCCGUUCAUAUCUUUUUUGAUAGACGUAAGGAGAUUUCAUUUGUGCUCAGAUGGUUUAAAUUGGAUUUUUUGUGAAGGUUUUUACCUAGUUAAUGAACCACAUAAUAGAAAAAAAUGUACGGGAAAUGGUGAAGUGGAUGCCGCUACAUUAUUUACUCGGAGUAUUUUAUUAGAAAUGGCCGCUACCUCUCAGAUUAAGAUUUGUUCAUCCUAUUGUUUGUGUGUGUCUGACAGGCAGCUUGUGAGGAAGCAGCGGAGAAAUUUGAAAGGACGUUUAUCCUUCUCAUGCUGGGAUCUAUUGCAACAAAUGGCAAUAAAGAGGUUCUGGACGCUAAUUUCGUUCAUUCUAGAAGUACAGUUGUUCAUUUGAAUUUUUAAGCGAAUAAUUGAUAGAUCUAGGCCACUGAAGAUAGGGAUUCCUUUUUCAAAAGCAAUAUCUUUGUACGAAGUCUAAACAGGAUUCCAAGAUCAAACUGGGUUUCUGUCCUCUUUUAUUUCCACUUUGCAAUGUGCUCAUUUUGACAGUGAGAGUUCUGGUUCCAACCAGGAAAAUAGUCUUGUCAAAAGAAUGAUGAAGAGAGCAGACAGAUGAAGGUGUCUGGUUCUUGUAAUCCAUUUUUUUGUGUACUUGACGGAUUUUGGUGCCCUAACAUAAUUAAGUGAGAAAGCAGCUAUCAGAUGAUCUUUCAGUCAAGAGUACAGAUGAACUUAUGCAAUGCUCUGGCAAAGAGAAGGUUAUAUUUGUGUUCUGAACGUGACAUAUGAUGUCAUCAUCGCAGUCAUAUUGUUUGAAGUGAGUAUGUGUUAGUUGGAUCUAGUUUUUUGACCAGUUUGUGUUAGUUGCCUUGUUCUGUGAGGUGGAGUAUUACGAAUUUGUGAAUGUGUCAAGUUUCUAAAUAGUUUGGAAAUUUAAUGCAAACAUACAUAAACGUUCCUAGAUGAAUGCCAAUAUAUAGAUCGACGUCAUAUUUUUUGGUUGUUUAUGAUAAUCCUGGUUUGGGUACAUCUUUCACCCUCUCCAUGUUUGGUUAACUCUUAACUCUAAAGGUGUAUGGACUGUCUGGUGAUUCUGGCCCAGUAGUAGUUAGACAAUGGAUGCAAGUGAAUUACACAGAAUCCGGCCGUGGAGAUUGAUUGUGAUCGAGAAACUGAUCUUAAGUGACAAAUGUUUUGUGCAAAAUGAGUGCUUUUCAAAUUAGGAUGAAAAGUCAAGUAUUAAAUCCGAAUAAUAAAUCCAAAAACAGAGGCCUAAUCUGUGGAUUUACAGAUUAAUUUUAUUAUUUGACAAAAUCCUGUGCACCAUGUAAAUAAUCGAAUUGCUUGCUGUUGAAAGGUGAUAUGUCAUGCCUCAGUGAUAAUCCCUUUUCUUUUUCGUUUCUAUGAGGUUAGAUAAGUCCAUUGGUGUAUCAGGAUCUGUUGAGUACUAACUAAUCAGGCCUGAGUAGAAUACGAGGUUAAUUUAGAUCAUAAUUCGUUCAUCUUGAUAUGAUUUUUCCUUGAAAAUAUUGCAAAAAGAAAAUAGAAUAGAAGCCUUGGUUGCCAUGUCAUACUAAGAAUCUAUUAGAUCCACUUUGUGAGAUCUAAAAGAUGAAAAGGGAGAAGAGGACUCAUUCUCUUCGUCCUCCUUUCUUCCCUUUGUUUUCACUCUUGCCACCUUUAUUGCACUACCACCACUGUCUCUUUGUUCCUGUUAAACUUGCACAUAGGCGGCGAAAAACAUGUAUGCCUGUAUGGAUACCCUUGAACGUUUUUUAAGGUCCAUUAAUUAGCGUACCCUCACUGUUUUUCUAUGGAUGGCUAAUAGAACUUGGCUGGGUACUGAUGUUUUUUUUUUUCAAGGCUAAAAUUGAUUUUUUUUAAUAUUUUUUUACUUCACUAAUUCAAUGCUUUGAUUGCCGAGGAUGUUUAGAAGUUAUUUUGGAUUCCCCUUUUUGGUCUCAUCAAUGUUGUCUUUUUUUUUUUUUUUUUGGGACCAAUUCUGGUGACCUACAGUCCUUUUCCUCGUGAUUUCUCCCUGUCACAAUCUCUUUUACUUUCGUUGAGAUUUUUCAUAUUUGCGGAUAUGACUAGCCGUACACAUAAAAUAUUUGUCAUCAUUCAACAUACUCAAAAUCUUGCCGCUUUUUCUCAUUCGUAGAUAGUUGGCUAACCUCAUCUAUUGUGCCAUCUGAGAUUAGGUGAGAGUUAUAGAUCACCAACCCCCUUCCGUCUUAUCUUGGAGACUGUCAUACCUUCUUGUUUUAAUGGCCUGAUUGCUAGUCAUCCACGCCUUCCAUUGUAUCUCCUUCACUGGGGCAAUUGUUGCCGCUUGCUCCACUGUUGAUCAUCCCCAUAUCUCGCAUUUACAAUUCUACAAGCAUUACCCUUUAAGGAAUCCCUUUGAUCUUUACUUGAUUGCCUCAGCUUUUGGCAUCGAGUUCUUCUACAAGCAUUGAAUCUGAAUGGGUAGGUAAGAGAUUCACCCCUUAUUUAGAGUACGGAAUGAUUCCUUACCAUUUCAGACGUCACAAAACUUUUAAUUUACUUCGCAUAAGUUCGAAUAUUAAGAACACUUUCCGCCUUUUUUCUUCCAAUUGGCGUUGUGGCGUUGUGGGUAGGAUUUUUGGCCUGAUUUAUUUAUCAUUUUAAAUAAGAUAUAAUCUCUGCUGACAAAUAAAGAAAAAGAGAUCUAUACUCUCUUUUUUUGUGGCAAAAGUUGUUGGUUUCUUACGGGUCACAUCUACUUGAACGUGCAGGUUCUGAAACAAUCUGCAGUAGACUACAUCAAAGGGUUCGAUCCAUCAGUACACGUGAGUAUAUAAAGACGUCCAGAGAAUUGAUUAGCCUAGCAAAGCACAGCAUUCUCCAGUUGCGGGGGAUAAUUUCCUUUUUUGUUUUUCUCAUCUGAAUCCUUAUAAUUUCUCUGACAUUCUCUCUUUACUUUACUUUCUGAUGGCUACACAGGUGUUAUUGCCUCGCGAACAACUCCUGAGGCAGUUUUCCGUUGGUGAACAGUCAGAACCGUACAGCAGUGUUUUCAGAAACGCUUCUAUUAAAAAUGUCGUAGCGGAUCCGGAUUUACCCUCAGGAUUUGAUGCAAAUUCAGCAGAGUACGGCUACGUUCCAAUCAUUAGACAUUAAUAUUGUAAUUCCACGACAGAAAAAUAAAAGAAAAUAAAAAAAUUUGACUUUUUUGUCGUGGAUUUUCAGGUUCGAAUUCUCUUCAAGAAUUGGAUCCGGAGACAGAGAUGGUGCGAUUGCCGGGCUUCUGUGUAAUCUUUCACUUGAAGGAUUAGAUCCCCAGUGGAUGAGACCACUACCACCUAGGCUCCCUAUUCUUGACGGAGAGGUAGGAAUUCCGAAAGUCUACAUUCGUUUGUUUUGAAGAAUUCCUAUUGACGACAUUUACUACUACUGUCGUCAAUUAUCUCACAGAUGGUGUGGCUGAUUCCGGACAACAGCCACGAUCUCUUGUGGGACUACGGGAUGUGCGCAGACACCAGCCGAGGAGCUGCCGUCAGGGACUUAAUUGCGAAAGCCUUGAAGGGCCCACUCGCUCCAGCCCAACAAGAGGUUCUUGCAGCUUACUGCUUUACUUUAUUUAUUUAUUUAUUUAUUUAUUUUUAUGCAAAAAACGGAGCUUAUUAAUAAUAUGUCUUGCGGAGGUAGGGAAUCAUAUAUAUUUGAUAUAUACUCUUACUUAUUGCAGCAAGUCAUGGUGGAGCUUAAUAAUGAUCCAAAGCUGGUCUAUCACUGUGGGCUGACACCUCGGAAGCUUCCAGUAUGUAAUCUCUUUGGGGGUGUGGGGGCGGGAGGAUAUGUUUUCUGUGCCACGUAUGAAUGUAAAAGAGAUAGGAUUUUGUUUCCAGGAACUUGUAGAACACAAUCCCCUUGUCGCCGUUGAAGUACUGAAAAAGCUGAUGAAUUCUGCCGAGAUCGAAGAGUAAGUUCCCCUUUUCUCACGCUGGGUAUUUCUGGUAUUUCCAUCCGCUUUUAACUGGCUCACGCGGCUCUGCUGUCUACCGCCAGGUAUUUCCGUGUCCUUGUGAGUAUGGACAUGAGUCUGCACUCCAUGGAAGUCGUGAACCGGCUCACGACAGCUGUUAACCUCCCCACAGAGUUUGUACACAUGUACAUCACUAACUGCAUAUCGUCGUGCGAGAAUAUUAAGGUUCCAUGAAGAUCUAAACCCCCCUUCUCUCUUUCCCCUGCUAUAUUUUUUUUCAUCUUAGGUUAAUGAUCAUCAUUACUCUGCUCCUAGUAUGCAUAAUUCUUCUCCAAGUAUCAUCAUAUAUUCUUCUCCAAGUAUUAAAUAUCUUGUCCAAGCAUAUCAUCAUAUUCUUUUCCAAGUGUACAAAUUUCUUGUCCAAGCAAUAUCAUCAUAUAUUCUUCUCCAAGGGUAUAAAUUUCUUGUCCAAGCAAUAUCAUCAUAUAUUCUUCUCCAAGUAUUAAAUAUCUUGUCCAAGCAUAUCAUCAUAUUCUUCUCCAAGGGUAUAAAUUUCUUGUCCAAGCAAUAUCAUCAUAUUCUUCUCCAAGGGUAUAAAUUUCUUGUCCAAGCAAUAUCAUCAUAUAUUCUUCUCCAAGUAUCAAAUAUCUUGUCCAAGCAUAUCAUCAUAUUCUUAUCCAAGGGUAUAAAUUUCUUGUACAAGCAUAUCAUCGCAUUCUUCUCAAAGUGUAUAUCAUCACUGGCAGUAAAUACGCACCAAUUCUAUGCUUCUCUGCACAAUAUUUCAUGCACGAGUAUAUUUACUUUGCUCCGGUAUUCUUGGAAAAUAAUCUUAUUUCUUUCUUUCUUUCUUUUCUCAGGACAAGUACAUGCAGAACAGGCUCGUGAGAUUAGUAUGCGUCUUCCUACAGAGCCUCAUCCGGAACAAAAUCAUCAACGGUGAGUCAUCAUAGUUGACCCGGGCACCGCCAUUCGGUGAAGAAAGCACAGAAAACUAUGCCUUUUGAUCCUUUUUCUUCUUCUUUUUUUUUUUUAUGUGGCCGGUUCUCUUCUUGUGCGCAGUUCAAGAUCUCUUCAUCGAAGUGCAGGCGUUCUGCAUCGAGUUCUCGAGGAUCCGCGAGGCGGCCGGCCUGUUCAGGCUCCUGAAGACCCUCGAAUGA